AUGGCUUCUUACUCACAAAAAACGAUCUUCAUCGCUCUCAUUCUCGCUAUGGCAGCUCCAAUUUCAACAAGCCACAGAAGAAGAUGGCGAAGAUCUGAUCGAGAGUGGAACUCGGAACAAUACCUGAGAGAUCUCUGCUCCGAAACUGACAGAUCAGACGUGUGCUGGAACAUCCUUAGAUCGGAGUUACACCGAUUCGACGACGGCGACAUCGCUGCCGGCGUGAUUGACCUGGCGGUGGCAAAAUCCAAGGCAAUCGGCGACCAGCUCAACCAGUGGUACAGAGAUUCCAACGACGACAGGAUGAAGAACAAGUACCACUCGUGCUCCAAGAAUUACGAUGACGUCGAUCGCAACCUUGAACAGGCCCAGAGGAACUUAGAUUCCGACGAUAAUCGAAGAAUCUCGGAUCAAAUCGACGACGCUGAAGAGGAAUUGGAAGAGUGCAGGAGAGAAUUCGGGUCGGGUUCCUUCGAUCCGGGUCAUGUUGAAGACCGGAACAAUGAGCUUCGACUUUACUUGGAUAUGGUUAGAGUUGCGGUAAACCGUUUGGAAGAUUACUACGAUAGCGACCGCCAUUAA